CGCAUCAUCAGCAACUUUGGAAUGGCAGCGCCUCUGUAGGGUCCCAGGGCACUGUGCUAGCGAUUGCACACGUUUCCCAGGUACCGAAAGGCUUGAGAGCGAAUCUUCAAGCCGUCCUUCACAUUGCCGAUGGGCGAGAACGUCUUUCAAACCUGCUUGCUGCAUUAGUCCGCCACCGCCGCAGCUGAGGGUAGAUAGCACUCUGCCUUUUGGGAGUGGUCAACAGAUCCGAAAGGCGGGAAAAAGGGGCAGCUCAAAGGCACAAUCUCUUGGAGAUGGCGCAGAAGCGUUUAUCAGAAAACCCAUGACUUUCCUUGGUGAGCCCUACAUGUCCAACCCAUUCGAGAUCGAGCUUGCUGUUCGGGACUCAGAGCUGGAUGCCUUCGGAGUCGUCAACAACGCGAUAUUCUCGGUGUACAUAGAGCAUGGCCGUCAUGAGCUGCUGCGGGACAUGGGCCUGGACAUCAAAGCAAUCAUGAGAACUGGAGAUGCGCUUGCACUUGCGGAGCAGACUCUCAAGUUCUUUGGGCCGCUUCGGAGUGGCGACCACUUUAUCGUCAGCACCCGGAUAUCCAAGGUGUCUGCGGUUCGACUCAUCUUCGAGCAGGCCGUUUUCAGAUUGCCGGAAAAAGAGAAGGUACUCGAGGCCUCGUCAGUGGGUUGCUUUUUGGACAAGCGGUAUAAGCCCACGAGAAUACCAGCGGAUGCUAGAGUGAAACUCAAGCUUUAUUGCGACACCCACUAGCGUGUCA